AGGUGCUCGCCUACCGGAAGAGGAAGUUUAACGAACAGCUCGGGUGUGAGAGCGUGAGAGCAGGCAGGAUGGUGUCCUGGAUCAUCUCCCGAGCUGUAGUGCUUGUAUUCGGUUUGUUGUAUCCAGCAUAUUCAUCCUACAAAGCAGUUAAAACAAAGAAUGUGCGAGAAUAUGUGCGUUGGAUGAUGUACUGGAUCGUAUUCUCUCUCUUCAUGACUGUAGAAACCUUUACAGACAUCUUUGUAUCAUGGUUUCCUUUUUACUAUGAAAUUAAGAUGGCGUUUGUGAUCUGGCUUCUGUCUCCUUAUACACGGGGAGCAAGCUUGCUGUACAGGAAAUGUGUGCAUCCUGCCUUAUCAAUGAGGGAAAAGGAAAUAGAUUCCUACAUUGUGCAAGCAAAGGAGCGAAGUUAUGAGUCCGUAGUGAGCAUUGGACGCAGAGGCCUGAACAUUGCAGCCACUGCUGCGGUACAAGCAGCCACAAAGAGUCAAGGAGCACUAGUGGGACGACUCCGCAGUUUCAGUAUGCAGGAUUUACGGGCACUUCCUGAUGAUGCCCCUGUACACUACAGAGAUCCCUUGUAUCCAGAUGAUUCUGAUUUGCACCGCCGACCAAUUGCUUACCCUCCACCUUCCCAGAAUGACAGUGAUUCCAUGGAUGAACGGUGGUCAGACUCAGAGGUGCCAGAUACAAGGAGUGCAGCAAGGACUCGAGGGAAUCUCCCUUCAAAACCUCUCCAGAGGAGUCAGAGUUUAAAAGUGAACAAGAAAAAGGUGCUAACGCGAGAGGGCUCCAUCAGAACUGCCAAACCCAGAGCAAAGAAGAAGCCUACCGCACAGUUAGAUCCUGAGAACUAGUGUGUGCAGUAGGAAAGAGCUGCCUCAAAUAUAAAGCCAAAAACACUGAAUUUUCACACUGACUGCAUGUUACAGUUUGUGGGUGCAGGUUGUGGUUCAAUCUGUAUAUAUUUACAUGUGUAUGAUUGUUAAUGUGUAACUGCAUUGAAGUGAGAUCACGGUGUGUAAAUUUUAUCACAUGUUUUGGAUGAGCCCUCUAUAUGCUGCAAGAUCAGAAGCUUCUCCUUAGGUCUUCUGUCUUUCCUUUUAGUGAGAUAUUCUCUUGGCCUCUUCCCUCUUCUCCAUGGCCUCACACUUUCUGCUUGCUCUUGUUUCCUUCUUACAUAUCUCCCAUACUCCUCAUUGAUGAUCUUCUCUAUCAGCUUACCUCCUCUAAUGUGACUUACAGUUUAGGCCUUUUCUCUAAUUUGCCAUGAAACAAAAAAACUUUGGACCUAGAAGGUGUUCCUACCCCUUAGGUUUUCAGUUUUCUUUUCUCUAAUUUGACCUUCCCUUUCUGCUCAUUCUGCCAUAUAUUUCCCUCUGUGAAAGCUUAAAGCCUCAAUAUUUCCUUCAUGUGAACGUUUUAUCCAUUCUUUCCAAUUUCAUACCAUCAUUUUACUGAUUCUUGUGUCUACCCUCCCCUGCUCAUAAUGUUCUCCUCUGUCUCUAGGUUUUAUCUCUAACCAUAGUGGUUUUGUUGUCCAUGGAUGUAAUGGAUCGCAGCCAACGGCUUACUCAGUUGUGGGGUAUUCCUUUAGCUCUGGUAUUUGAGAUAAAGGGACAUUCUAGGAAUCCUCAUUUAAGUGGUUAUGGUGCCUGGUGUCCUGAUGCUGUCCUGCAGUUCAGUGUUAAACCGUUCUUAUUCUGUU